AUGCCUAAAGCUGAAGUAGGCAGUACGAAAUACCUGAAUAAUAAACUCAAAUCCAAGGGUCUGCAGCGCCUGAGAUGGGGUGUACAGAUUUGUGAAAAGCAAUGCAGAGACGAGAACGGAUUCAAGUGCCAUACGCAAGCAGAGUCCCACGUGAGAAAUGCUCUGUUGGUUGGCGAGGACCCUCGAAAACACAUUUCAGACUUCUCGAAUCAAUUCCAAAGAGACUUUUUGCAACUCCUUCGUACGAGCCAUGUGGAGAAAGCGGUGCAGAUGAACCAUUUUUACCAGAAUUAUAUCGCAAAUAAAGAACAUAUCCACAUGAAUGCAACAAGAUGGCCAUCAUUAACAGAAUUUGCAAAACACUUAGGUCGUGAGGGGCUCUGCAGGGUCGAGGACACCGACAAAGGCCUUCAGAUCGCUUGGAUUGAUAAUAGCCCUGAGGCCUUGAGAAGACAAGACGCUAUAAGGAAAAAGGAAAGGCAGGACAAGGGCGACGAGGAGAGGGAGCAGAAGAUGAUCAGGGAGCAGAUUGCAAGGGCGGAGAUGGAUGCUGAGAUGAAGGCUCAGCAGGACCACGAUGAUGAGGCGCGGGACUUUAAGCCCAACGAGGGAGAGAAGAUCAAGCUCAGCUUUGGGACCAAGGCGAAGGAAAGCAAGGACCCCUCGCCGUCUGCAGUCGCUAAGCUUGAGAGCGAUGACGGGACAGAACCCGGAAAGGAGAUAACGAAGUCGAUAUCACCGCCAACCGGAGUACCAACACCUCCACCUGAAAAGGUUUCGAUAAAGAUGGGCAUGAAAAGCAAGCCAAAGAACAUUUUCGCCGGGGUCUUAAAGAGGAGCGCUCUUGGAGCAAAAGUGCCCCCCAAAGAGUUGCCAAGGAAGCCCAUAAGUGAAGCGGAGCGGAUCAUGAAGGAAGAAAUCGAACGGAAACGAAUGAGAGAUGCUAGUGGUCCGGGCCUCAACUCGAAACGACCACGACUUGCAUAG